AUGACGAAGUCGCCGCUCCGGGCGGCUUGGCUGCUCGCCGCCGCAGCUUCCUGGACCACCAUACAAACCGCAAACGCCCUCUCCAUCCCCGUCAACAAUUUUGGUGCUGCCAUCUUCGAUCGAGCGACCUCUGGCUGCGCAAGCGGCUUCUCGACAUGUCCGGGAUUCACACUGCCGAGCAGCUUCUGCUGCCCUGCCAACUCGGUCUGCAAUGUGCUCGCUGGCAACACGACGCUUCUCUGCUGCCCGACGGGCCAAAACUGCACCGUCAUCAACCCAAUCACCUGUGACUUGUCGCAGCAAGAUCCGGAGACCCAUCCCGAGGCGCCCAUCAAGACGUCCGCUCUCAACGGUGUCAUGACCAAGUGCGGCGACUCCUGCUGCCCCUUUGGCUACAACUGCAACGGCAACGGCCUCUGCGUGAUGCAAACCAACCAAAAUGCCGCGCCGCUCCAGAACGUCCCAACGACGACGGCUACCAAAGCGGGGACGUCGACAGCGACAACUUCCACAAAAUCAUCAUCAAAAUCUACGUCCACGGCGUCAGCAUCACUCGCGCAAGCUGGUGGCGCGCAGAUGACCACGACUGCGGAUUCAUCCGUCACAGUCGCCGUCUACACGGGCACGGACACGGCGACGGCGGCCGCACCAACAAGGACGGACGGCUCGUCGGGCACAUCCGGCACCGGUGUCAGCGAGAGCGCCGUGGCCAGCGCUGACGACAAGUCCAACGGCGCCUCGGCCGCUUCGAUAGCCGGAGGGGUGGUUGGUGGCCUGGCGGGUGUGCUGCUGAUGGGAGCGGCUGUAUGGUUCCUCUGUGGCCGCCGUCUGACCAGGGGCGGCAGUGGAGGUGGAGGUGGAGGCGCCGGCGGCCGCGGAGGUGGCAGCCGCCUCGGCAGCGGCAUGAAGCAGCGCGACCCAAUGAACUUUAUGUCGGACGCCAACAAGCUCAACCGCUCGACGUCAUCGUUUGGCAACAUUAUCAACAACCCGCUCUCGAUCAGCUCGCCCAAGCCACAGGGCGAUGCCACGGCCUUCCGCACCGACUUUAUUCGCAAGCCGCCGUUCUCGGGCGACUACUCGCGCCCGGUCACACCAGCCAGCAGCUUUGGUGGUGGCAUCGGGAGCAGCGGUGAUGCGCCCAGCUCCACUGUCGGCUCUGUCGGCUAUCCGAACGGCCGCGCGGCACAGCAGCAAAAGGGCAAACCGUCACCGCCCGGCGCCAACCUAGACCGCGAGCUCCCUUCGCCGCCGUCUCCGUCGCCUCCUCCAUUGGCCCUCCGUCAGGCGCGGGACUCGAUUUCGGUGCCCCCCAUCCGGGGCAUGCGCACUUUGCCGCCCCGGGUGCAGCAGCCAAAGCACCAGCCGCGGGAGCCGAGCACGGAGGAGAUCAACGUGGGCGUCGACCCGAGCAUCAUUGCCUUUGGCGGCAACUUUGCCAUCAGCCCGCCGGGCACACUCCUGCCGCCGGGCCGGGCCGCGGCGGCGACGACGACCAACAACACGGCUGGCAACGGCAACAGCUACACGCUCACGGCGUCUGACGCUGCGCAACAGCGAAACCGCAGCAACGAUCGGUUGACGACGUUUAGCAGCCUGCUGCAGGCGGCCAACCUGGAUCCCCAGCGGCCGUAUGUGCCCAACAGCGUGCAGUCGUCGCCGGCAUCACGACGGCGGUAG